GGACGAGUGGUGAAUGUGUUGAGCUUCGCCUCCCGACUGGCCAUCGAUGGCUACAGCGCUUAUUGUGUCUCGAAAUACGCUUUACUCGCGUUUAACGACUCGUUAAGGAGAGAGAUGUUUAGGUUUGGCGUCAAAGUAAUCAGUGUUGAGCCCUCUUGUUAUCGGACACCGAUAGCACAGUUAGAAGCUGUGAAUCGAUUGCAGGAUAAGGUUUGGUCGGAGACUUCGCCGUCGGUUCGCAAAGACUUUGGAAUAGAAAGUGUGGAAAACUUCAAGUCUUCGUACGCGAGACAAGUGGGAAGAGCUCGCGAUCCCAACGAAGUGGUCGACGCUCUCAUACGGGCUGUUAUUACCGAUGAGCCGAACGUUAGGUAUCAAUGCUCUGGUAUUUUGGCCGCUAUUAUCGUGUCUUUUUCCGAACUUUUGCCGAUUCCUAUAUUUGACUCGUUUUGGCGGUUUGUCUAUCGGUUUGAAGUGUUUUCCAAAUGA